AUGGUCGUCUGCUCGUUUCCUAGCGCCCUCCUGGCACCGAAGACUCGGGAUAUUGUUAACCUAGUCGCCUUGAACCACCAAGGGAGGCGGCACAAUUCCGAUGCCUCAAAUUACACAAACCGAUGGAGGCGGGACCACGGGAUGUCCACUCACCGUCAUCCUUAUCCAACGAAGGUGGCGGUUGAAGAAGGAAACACCCUUCCUGGGGCAUGGCCGGGCUGGAAGCUUCCGCUCUCCACAUCCGCCGGGCAUAGCAUGGGUCGAAAGGGCAGACGAUUCUACCCGAUAGUGUGCGGUUCGCUCUCUAUCUCUAUCUUUCGUCUCUUCGCUGGACGUGCACGGGACUACACUCCACCGAGUCUACAACGUUAUAUGGAACAGGACGAUACAGAUACGAGAGAUGGACAUACAGGGGUGAUCGCCUCGACGGGGGAGAAGAGUCAAUCGUUCGCUUCGACCCAGCCGGGGCACGCAGGCCUUGUGUCCCCCACCUUCGUCCAAGGGGGCGCAUUGAGCUCGGAAAGAGAACAUUUUAUGUUACAAGAAUAG